GUUGUCAUUACAAUCACAUGCCAUCACAGAUGUUGUUUAAUCACAAAUAAAUAAACAACAUGGUCUGUGAUAUUAUAUCCUUCAUACUACAUAUUCUGAAAAUAACUAACUCCAACAUGUUGAUAUCCACAUUAUGAAUAGCGGUGAAACUAACAAACAGAAAUAUAAACGACCAAAACAUAAAACAUUAGCAACUACACGUCCAGAAACAUCUAAAGGUGAAAGCUCCAGCAACGCAAAUGAAGUUGAGCGAGCGGAACCGCAGUGUCCUUUGCUAGCUAAAGAUUCAGAAUGGGUUGAUAUCUUACAAACCACACCUAAUUCGAAAAGCAACAGCGAUGAGGAGGCAAUUUUGGAACUUGUCGAACACGAGGACGGGGCUGAAACAAAGCCCCUUGUCUUGAUGUUUCCCGGCCUACUUGACGAAGACCCAGAAAUGAUACAAGGAAUGUUGAAUAGAGCAAUGUCGACAAGCGAAGUCACCAAACAUUUGGUCGGGCAAAAAGCUAAUUUUGCGUUUAUGAAGAAAGUCGAUCGGUUAAUUCCAAGCGAUAGGAAAUGGUUGGAAAGUUUAUCAGAAAAUAGUACCUCACUUUGCUCAAUGAUAUCUGGAUUUCAAAAUGACAGUAAGUAGGUAUGUUAAGUGAUUACGAAGCAGACACAGAAGAAACGGAUAGUGAAGAGGAUACGCAAAAUAAAAACGAAAAAACCGAUAAACCAACAUAAAGAAGUUGUCCUUUUUUUUAUCUAUGUCGCAAUUAUUUUAGUAAACCAAUAAAACAAAAUGAAAACAA